GAUGUAUUUCUGGCUAUAACCAAAAAAUAUUUUUGUGGGUGACGUUUGAUCAUAGAAUCUUUUCGGAUUGUAUGAUUUGAUUGUUACUUAACAUUUAUGUAUCGCGCACUAACUUGAGGGAGCGUUGAGAAAAUGGAUACCAUAUUUCACGAGAAGCAAGAGGGAUUUUUAUGUGCACAACAUUGUUUAAAUGCACUUUUGCAAGGCCCAUAUUAUAAUGCAGUCGAUCUCGCUAGUUUGGCACACCAAAUGGACGAGGAGGAGAGGAUAAGAAUGGCAGAAUCUGGUGUUGACAGUGAGGAUUAUAAACUUUUCCUAGAGCAACCAUCAGGCAACAUGGACGAUAGUGGAUACUUUUCGGUACAAGUAAUCAGCAGUGCUUUAAAAGUUUGGGGAUUGGAACUAAUUCCAUACAGUAGUACAGAACCUGCAGCUAUAAUGGCACAGAAUGAUCCUUUACAGAUGAAAGCAUAUAUUUGUAACUACAAAGGUCAUUGGUUUACUAUAAGGAAAAUUGGAAAGCAGUGGUUCAACUUGAAUUCGGUGCUAAGCGGGCCAGAGCUUAUAUCAGAUACUUAUCUCUCGAUGUUUUUAGCCCAAUUAUUACAAGAAGGUUACUCUAUUUUUAUUGUUAUUGGUGCACUUCCUCAAUGUACUGCAGACGAUGUCCUCUCGAAGAAUCCGAUAGAACCGGUAAAGGGACAAACAUCGUUAACAAAACCACAAGGUAUGAGUAAUGUAACUUCGAAUACGUGUAGGCCUGUAUCUAGUAAAGAGAAGAUAUCGACAAAUAAGCCACAAGAGAAAAUAAUUCCUAUAAAACUGGAAAAGAACGAUGAGGAGGACGACGAGAACACAGAGUUACAGAGAGCCCUUCAGUUAAGCUUUGAGGAGAAUAAAAGGAACGACGUGGACAAGUACCUUAAGUUAAGUCUGGACUUUCACGAUUACAAUAAGAAAACAAAUGGAAGCGACGAUACGGACGAGGACGACGAUUUGAGAAGGGCGCUUCAAUUGAGUUUAGAAUGCGCCACGGCUCCUUCCACACCAGAAUCAGAAGACAUACAUUGGCGUCAAUUAAACCACUUUGGAACGUAUUCAAGGACAUCAAACGGGGAGACAUCGCAAAAACUGAAUAUUUAAUAAUAUGUGAAUGAAUAUUUUUAAUAUUAUUAAAAGAAUUUUAUUUGUAUAUUAUAAAUAACUAGUUACUUUGUGUAGUAUGGAUAAGUAUUGCAAAAAAAAUAAAUGUAUAAAUAAAAGAUCUGUACAUGUUAUAAGUUUUAA